GCGGUGGCGACGGCGCGCGCGCGCGCGUCGGCCAGCCAUCACAGAGCACUGCCGGUGAUCCGCACGAGAGUACGGUCGCGACACCGUCGCUAUCGCCAACGCCGUUGAGGCCUCCACCGCUGCCCCCUGUCGCAGUUCCGUAUUAUUAUUAAGAUAUAUCGGCUAGUACAAUAACAAUCACAACAACAGUACACGUUCGUCACGUACACGCAGAUGCAGUCGACGAGAUAUUUUCCGGUUUAUUUUCUUUACUAAUCGGAUUAUUAUGCGGAUCGCUUCGGGUUACCACCGCAGCCGUAGUUCGGCGAUCGAGCUGUGGAUCGCCACCUCGGCCGCAGCUACCGCGAUCACCGGUUCCGUUGCCGUCCACCGCAAUCGGGUGGCGUAAUCACGCACGACGCGAGGACGCCGCGGCCGACACGAUGGACAACAAACCGGACACUAUCGGGUUCUACACUAUUGACCGGCGCAUCGGCAAAGGAAACUUCGCCGAGGUCCGGUUGGCUACGCACCGACUGGUCAGAAGCGAGGUGGCUAUAAAAAUGAUCGAUAAAAGGAAGUUGGAUGCAGUUAAUCUUGAGAAGGUACAUCGAGAAGUAGAUAUUAUGAAGCAGUUGGACCAUCCUCAUAUCAUUAAACUAUAUCAGGUUAUGGAAUCGAAAGAUAUGAUAUAUAUUAUUUCAGAAUAUGCCAGUCAAGGAGAAAUUUUUGAUUACAUUGCUAAGUAUGGCCGAAUGACUGAAGCAGCGGCAAGAAAAAAGUUUUGGCAAAUUCUCUCUGCUGUAGAAUAUUGUCAUAACAGACAUGUUGUACACAGAGACUUGAAAGCAGAGAAUUUACUACUUGACGCUAAUAUGAAUAUCAAAAUUGCUGAUUUUGGAUUUAGUAAUUAUUUUACACCUGGUGAACAAUUGGCUACUUGGUGUGGAUCACCUCCUUAUGCUGCUCCUGAGGUUUUUGAAGGAAAAAAAUAUUACGGUCCUGAGAUUGAUGUUUGGAGCAUGGGUGUAGUUUUAUAUGUAUUAGUUUGUGGAGCACUGCCAUUUGAUGGAAGCACAUUGCAUUCGCUUAGAGACCGAGUUCUUUCUGGAAGAUUUCGUAUACCAUAUUUUAUGAGUACUGGUUGUGAAUCAUUGAUACGAAAAAUGCUCAUACUAGACCCGAACAAAAGGUAUUCUGUUGAACAGAUUAAAAGACACCCUUGGAUGUUGGAAGAAGCGCCCAGAUUGUUACCGGGUACAAUAGCGGAAAUGCCUGCAGAACCUAAUGAUCAGGUGCUAAGGUUCAUGAGUAGUUUGGAUAUAAACACAACAAGAACUAGACAGUCGUUAAGGAAUCGGACGUACGACCAUUACGCGGCCAUAUAUUACUUGUUUCUGGAGAAGCUCAAGCAGCAAAAGUCGCAAGAAAACAGUAGUCAUUAUUUACAAGAUAGGAGGCUGUCGGAAAAAUUGUUUCCGACUGCGUCUUACGAGCCGCAGUUGUUUAUGGGACACUCGAGUCCCAAUAAGAGGGCAUCGAUUGACUGCCCGGCUGGACACCAAUAUCUGCCGGACUUGUGGAAACAACCGAAGACCAGUGCCACGGUGCACCUGACCAAUCACAUGCCGUCCAACCGGCCGCGGUCGUACAGCCAGGGCCGCGCCGUGCAGCAUUCCGUCAACUUGGCCGAUCUCAAGCUGCAGCAACAUCCGCCGUUUAGAGAGCUGCCGCAGCUUCCCAAGUUCAACAAAAGCAAAGCGGAAAAAAUACCCGUGGCCGAGCUGAUCGCCGGUGGCUUGCACGACGAGAUACCUAAGAUCUGCUACCACGCUCGGUUGGACCACAUGACCAUGAUCGCGCCGCAGUACUCCACGUCAACGGACGAGGGCAUCGAAACGGAUUUGGAGGACGCGGUAGCGUCCUCCAGUCCCACGCAACCGUCGUCGUCGCAACGGCUCGCGUACCCGCCGGCCGCCGGCUCAGUGAUCAAGAGCCAUAGCCAGAAUCUGGCCGAGCUGCCGUGUGUGGUCAACCAGUACGAGUCUGAUCUGGUGUCCAGUCUGCCGUCAUGCGUUGCUAACGAAAUGAAGUACGCGGACUGUUGCGCGGCGGUGAUGAGCAGCGCGGCCACGAUCAAUAGUUGCAGCGGGCCGCCGUACUCACCGUGGGACAGGCGCACCACUUUCAUGGCACACAACCAGGGCGCGAGCGAAGGUGUCCGGCCGCGGUUGGAUAACAUGUCGCCCGUUAGCUUCCGGGAGGGCAGACGGGCUUCCGACGGACUGAUGAACCAUAUCGAUCCGGCAGCCGCGACUGCUGCGUCCACGGGGCCGUCGUCGCCCAGGUCUCAGACGCAGCAGCAGUACAGUAAUCGCGUGGCGACCACGGGGGUGUUCAACAGCCAAAAAUUGCAGAGGGAGUGCUGCGUUGGCAAGGCGGUGGACCUGCAUCACGCGGAGCAAAAAGAGUACGAGACGCUCAAGACGCUAUACCAGAGCUGUUUGCCAGGCGAUGAGCAACUACGGAAACAACAUCAGCAGACAAUACUUAUGACUGCGGAGCCGAUCGGACGGAACGGUGUUGCAUCCCAGCAACAGCAGCAACAGCAGCAGCAGCAGCAGCACCAUCGUCACCAGCACCACCAUUCCGGUGAGUACCGUAAGGAUUCGAUGCCGCCUAGGUCACCGUCGGCCACUAUGGCUAAACGGUUCAACUAUACGGACGGCUACGCGUUGGACAAGGCCGGGCUCCAGCAGCAAUUGCUUCAGCAGCGGUUGCUCCAACACAAGCGCACCGUGCUUCAGAAGCAGGGAGCUGCUACCACGUUCAGCCAGUGCAACGUGACCGCUGCCAUGGCGGCCGCCGUUGCCGAAUCACCCACCAAACGGUCACACCACGGGCACCGGCAACCGCUGUACAACAAAACAACCGCUCAAUUAUCGCCCCAGCACAGCGGUGACGGCCACACGCAACUCCAGGCGGACGGCAGCUGGCAGUCGCUACCGCACACAAUGGCCACAUGCCAGAUCAACGACUUCGACAGCCAGGCCAAUUGGCUGUCAGUGCCUGACCCACAACAUCACUGGUACUGUUCCACUUCCGGACAGCAGUACAGUUUCUCCAAGAAUUAUUCGCAGCUCAGUAGUACUGUUAACGUGCCAAUGGCUAGUUCUUUGUUGGCGGCCAACGAUAUGACGUGGACAUCGCCAAGACUGCAGUCGCUGUCGGAAAACACUAUUUCGGAACUUGGAGAACAAAUGGAAUCCGGCUGAGUUCAUAUCACAGACAAACAAAAUAUUAUCACACAGAUAUUAAAAUAUAUUUUAUACAAUACACACUCAACAUUCGUUAGUCGAGACAUCGUGUUAUUAUUUAAUUAGGAAUAAUUGUGUUGGAUAAUGUUUUUUUUUUUAUAACAAUGUUUUUUUUUUUAAGUACGCUUAGAAUUCACUUAUGAGUAUAUUUGUAAUUGAAACAAUCAAAUUUGUGAAAUAAACGGUUUUUAAAUAUAUUGUUUAUAACAUACGAGCUCAGA